GUCAUUUUUGCUUUUUUAAGAAUGGUGUCGUUUUUUGAGAGAGAAAUAGGAUACUGAGUGGCAUGGGAGAGGAUAAAAAUAGCAAAAAAAGCAUAGAGAGAGAGGAAGAGAGUGAAAAAUCAAUCAUAGCUAUGGAGGAGUUUGACGCCUUGGAUUGGUUUGUCUGACUUUGUUUCAUCUUCAGAGUGCUGUUGGAUUUGGGGAGUGGAUUGAGAUGGAUUUUUCUGAGUCCACGAAAGUUGUUUACAAUAGAAUUCAGAGAGUAGAGCCUGAAAACGUCUCGAAGAUUAUUGGGUAUCUUCUGUUACAAGAUCAUGGUGAGCGCGAAAUGAUCCGGUUGGCCUUCAGCCCUGACAAUGUGAUCCACUCUUUGAUCAACAAAGCCAAAACUGAGCUUGGUUUAUCCAAACCCCCGGUUUCUACUCCCAUCUCACCAUCUCCGGUGAACCAAGUACCCAUUUCAGACCUGCCUUUACAGUUCACACCCUACUCGCCGGCUUUGUCACGUCCAAUUUCGUCUCCGGCGACUCUCCGAGGUGCAAAGUACUCGUACUGGGAUCCCCAAGUGGCUGCAGAGCAGCAACCAUUGCAUAAUAUAGACUUUGUCCCACCUGCGUACUCGGAUUCUGCUGUUGAAGAUUAUCUAAUAACUAGUCGAAGUGCUAAAAGGUAA